UCUGUCUGACAGAUCCCGGCCAUGUUCGUGGUUUUGGUGAUGCUGUCUCAGCUGCCCGGCAGGACGCUCGCGUUCCCUCGCUGCUCUGGGAGGUUGAGUAACCUGAAACAACCUGAAUGGACAGAUGUGUUCACAUCUGCAAGGGAGGCCAAUUUAUUCAUUGGACGACAUCUUCUGAACAACAGAUUUGAUUUUGAAGCAUUCACAGAUGAUAACCUGGAAAGGGAAUGCUAUGAAGAACUGUGUAAUUAUGAAGAAGCAAGAGAAUUUUUUGAAGACCCUGAUAAAACGAUGGAUUUUUGGAAAGACUAUUCAACUAAAGGCCCUAAAAUAAAAAUAGGUGAUGAGGCACUACAAAAGAUUAACGUCACAGGACUGCUCAUCAGCCUGGUUGCUGCUGGGGUACUGCUGGUUAUAAUUGCACUGAUUAUCUUCUACUGCUGCAAGAGCAGAUGCAAAUCAAGGCAACCACCGGGGUACCUGGAUUAUGUAAGAAGCAGAAGGCGUAAUUCAGCCAACAUCUUCAGGAGGCAUGAGGAGUUUUCUUUGAAUCCCCUUCCUCUCAGAGCUGACGAUUCAGGACUGCCCACUUACGAGCAAGUGGUCACUUCAGAAGGACAGCACAGUGUGCCCCCACCCCCUUACCCAGGGCCCCCCAGGGAUGCACGGGUGUUUACAAAGUCCAUGUCUCUUCCUGGCCCCUAA